UGUAACUCACACGGGGCUUGAAGAGCCUCCCAGCUUAUCUGGUUAUAAUUACGGAGAGGUGACCUGGUUUCAGCACCGCGGCUCGUCAACAGCUCCGGCGCACAGCGGAGAUUUGGCCGGCCCCUCCCCGCCCCGUGCGUGUGACAGAGCGGGCGUCCGGGGCGCAUCCUCCGCGGCAGUUUCAGCACCAGCGACCGGCCGGAGCAGGAGCGGAGCUGUCCACCCGUUCAGCGCUCUUCUUCCGGGGGAGGACGAGGCAGCCAGGAUCCACCUUCCUCCCGGGCGAUCCGUAUUCCAGCAUGGCGUCAAAAUCCGUCGGCCUUUUCGUCCUUUUCCAGCUCCUAGCCCUGAAUGUAGUGAGCCAGAUCUCUGCCUUCCCCACACCUCCAGCCUCGGCGGAUGAUAAAACUGUGUACAAUAGACAGCUGACAGAAGAGAGACCACUACAAGAGCAGAUUGCUGAGGCGGACAGCGUGAAGGCCGCGGUGCAGUCGGCUGAGAGCAGGCGUCCCGCUGCCUCCAAGGACACCGAGUCACAGCAGGACCUGGAUGACUUAACCGUGCUGAAGUCCCUGGCCGACGGCCACAAACCAAAGGAGGCCACCGAGGUGCCGCAUAAGAGCGAGGACCAGUACGUUCCGGAUGAAUCAGACUCGACCAAGAGCCGGCGUCUGGCCGAGGACUACGACUCCACCAAGAACGGGAUGGACUACGGCAAGUACCAGGAUGACCCGGAGAGCUUCCGCCAGGUCGACGGCACUCCGCUGACAGCCGAGGACAUCGUCCAGAAGAUCGCCAACAAGAUCUACGAGGAGGACGACAGAGGCGUGUUCGACAGGAUCAUCUCCAAACUGCUCAAACUGGGGCUGAUCACAGACAGUCAGGCAGAUACUCUGGAGUACCAGGUGGCCGAAGCCCUCCAGGAUCUCAUCACUAAAAACGCCAAGAACAAUGAGAUUGAGGACGUUGAGAGCAACGACCAAGAAACCAGGGGCGAGCAGGACGACCAGGGUUCAGAUGCAAACACGGACGCGUGGGAGCCACCCAGACGGCGCUACAAUGACGACGAGGAGGAAGAGGGAGGAGAUGAGGAUGAGAUUGAGGACGAGGUGGACCGGGAUGCGGAAGAAGAGGGGGGCGACGCGGCUGACAACACCUGGGACAAAGAUGCCGAGGAGGGCAACGAGGUGAGCCCAGAAGACGGGCUCCAGGACCUGCAGUACUUCCCGAACUUCUACCGCCUUCUCAGGAGCCUCGACUCAGAACAAGACACUCAGGAGAGAGAGACCCUGAUCACCAUCAUGAAGACGCUGAUUGACUUCGUGAAGAUGAUGGUGAAGUACGGCACCAUCACGCCGGAGGAGGGGGUGUCAUAUCUGGAGAACCUGGACGCUAUGAUAGCCAUGCAGACCAAGAACAAGCUGGGCAAGUCUCUCGGACCUCCUGACUUCACCGGACCCAAUGGAAAAAUCUUGGACGAGGACGACAACACCAAAGCCGAGGCCGCCAAGAUGCAGAAGGAGUACGAGAACCUGAAAGACUCGACCAAGGAGGAGCAGCCACCAACUGAGACCAAUCAUCCCGGCAAGUCGGAGACUUAUCUGGAGGCCAUCAGGAAGAACAUUGAGUGGCUGAAGAAACACGGCAAAGACGAAGGCAAAGACGAUUAUGACCUCUCCAAGCUGAAGGACUUCAUGGACCAGCAGGUUGACUCUUACAUUGAGAAGGGCAUCAUCGCCAAGGACGAAGGCGACACCAUCAAGAGGAUCUACAGCAGCCUGUAAAGCGCCAUCGCCCAUCCUCCAACCGACCUCUGGCCUAAAACGCAGGACUGAAUCUGACACUAAGAUCUCCAACAAAACCCUGACAGCUUACAGUUAUUUCCCAUGGCAUGGUAAAAUAUAUACUGUGUAUUCAAAACUACCUGCUUAGGGGAACUUUUUCACCCUCUCAGAAAUUCCCAAAAUGUAGAAAAGGGGCUUAAUAACACAAAAUACAUCGAUAAAACAGUCAAACUACUCUUUACAGCUACCUAAUUAUAUUUGCACGUCAAGGCCGCAGAGUAAUAACCACUAGAAUGUUGUUGAGAGAGACAUAAAGAAAUAAAGUAUUUUAUGUAACCAACUCACGUCCAACUAAAUGCUAGCAUUUACUCCUACCUGACUCCUGUGGGAAAUGAAUGUUAUGAGAGUAUGAUGCUGUAGCUUCAUCAUCAACUGUCCCCAAUACAUUUUUUUGCAACAUACACAUAUAUCAAAUUGUACUCAUUCUGUGUAACAUGUCUUAGCCUAUUAUAUUUCUUUUUUUCCGGUGUAUAUGUAAUAUGUAAUGUAUUCUUGCUUUUUAUUCUACCAAAAAAUAUAUUUGUUGUGUAUCAUGUCAGUGCCCUCUGUACUCCUCUGUUCCAUUCUGCUGUAAUUCUUCUGGGGCCCACUAGGGGGCGGUGUCUGUAUUAUGGAUUCUCUCUGCAUGUCUCUGUGAGUUCAACAUUUCCAUCUCUGUAG